AUGGACAAUCCGAACCUAAAAACGAUCCUUACACCCGACAACUUCCACAAUGCACAUAUGAUUUCACGAGCCACCUCUCCGGGUGGUGAACCUGACGGCAUCAACGGAGAAGGCGAGCCCAAGGCACGGGUCCGACCUCGCACAUACCCUUACUUCAAAUACUUGCCGUACGAGCUUGAGGACGAAGCACAGAGAGAACAAAACUUGCGGGACAUACUGACUCAUCUCUAUGUCGCCGUGGAAUCAGGCGACUUCAGUCCUGGUGCGGUGCACUGGACACGGGAGCUAAGAGGAUGGCUGUCACUCAAGUUCGACCCGACUCGCAGCGAGCGGAUCAAGCUUGUCAAGCUGUAUUAUGAGCUCACUCUUGCUCCUGGAAUCGACCCUAAUGUCUCCGAGCGGUUUGCCAGCAUGUUUAUGCUCCUAACCAAGCGCAAGCACUACCUUAGACCGAUCAAGGACCUCACAUUAGACUGGAAGCCUCUGUACAGAGAAAUAAAGGCCUUCGUUCUGCCAACAGAGUCGGGACUGGUACAUUCGUCAAACCUAAAGCGAAACGUGAAAACCUUGACGAAACUCUGUGCCUUUAUUCAACUCUAUAUUGACCCAUGUGAGCUACCAGCCAUGCUGGAGGAGUUCCUGCCGCACUACAGCACCUCGUUCUCCGAGGGUGCCUUUGUUGUGGUUGGGUUGAUCAACCUACUCCUUCCCACAUCUCCGCCGCCAGAGUCAAGAGAGGACCUGCUCCCGCAGCAUUACAUGCCAACCUACUUCCACCUCUGGUCGCUGGUUAGCCGCUCCAAGACAUUUGAUCAGACAUUCCUAGACUACCUUUCUCGCUUGGCCCGGGAUGCACUGCCUGCCGGUCAUAUUCCGUUUUCCGAGUACGGCAUCUUCACAAGGGAGCAAUCGUCGCUCAUCUUCACAGCCAUUUUGAGGCUUUUGGAGAUUCCAGUGGGACAGUCUACAUCCCCUUACAGUGCUCUGGUAGAUAUCUCAUCCGGACUAGGCAUAAUGCUUGAUCGAGAUUCUCGCAAACAUCCUGUGGCGCAUCACAUUGCAAGGUGGAUUGUAAUGUCUCUUUCGCCAGCAUGCCUGGACAAGGAAGAGUCUAUUCUCACUCAACUCGAAGGUCUCAUUCAAGCUGUAGAGACAUUCUUCCACCCGUCAAACUCUGGAAGCUGGACCAAGACCCUGGCUCAGCUCGUGUACUACCUGACGGACUUCUUUGUGAUGCGGUGGAACAGAGAACAGAGCGGAGAGAUGGAGGUGCCCGAAGAGCGGAGGCUCAACGAGCCUUUAAAGCGCCGCUUCGUGCUCUGCAUGCGUGAUGUUAUAUUCAUGGGUAUCUAUUCUAAAAGUGCUACCGCGAUGAGCUUCUCGCUAUCCACGCUUCAAGGCCUAGCAUUUUUGGAACCACAUCUCAUUCUUCCCGGAGCUUUGCAGCGCAUCUACCCAUCCCUUCAGGGCCUAGUAGAGGUUCACCGUACUACUUCAUCCCUUCGAGCUCUUCAGAUUCUUGCACGGAUUAUCGCCAGAACAAAGGGAUACCGUUGCCAUCUUACCACCCUGUUGGGAAUGGCCUUACCCGGCAUCGACGCAAACGAUCUUGAAAAGUCUCUUCAUACCUUGACAUUCAUGCAGUCUGCUUGUUACAAUAUCCCGAUGGCAGACUUGACCCAGGGACGAGAAGAGAUCAAUAGUAAUAUGCUUGCGAUGCAAUGGAUUCCCGGGGAGAUGGAGAGGAUGGAGGCAGAAGGUGUUGAAGUGCAAUUGAACUACGACACAGAGCUGAGUGAUGAGACUGAAGAACUGAUCCUCCGCUCGUCCACCUGUGGCUUUGGAGAUUUUAUUAUCUCGUUCCUGGGUCGAGUGUUCACCCUGUUAGAAAACCUCCCCGACGUCUCAAGAGUGCGAAACGGGUCUCCCGAAGAAAAUAUCGUGAAUACACUUCCAGCAACCUUCAUGCCUCUGCUCUCCUCCUUAUCUCCCGAUUACUACGAGAUUGCUCUGUCCAAGGUCGUCGACUUUGUCUCUAACCAUGUUAUUCAUCAAGCCCGUGAUGCAAUGGCCUUUAUCUGUAACGCUGUCUGCAAAGUCAACCCUGAAAGGGCUCUGAAGCGGUUCAUCCCUGUCUUGACGCAGGCGAUUCGUACGGAGAUCGAUGAUAACGGAGCCGGUUCAACUCGUACAACUGGUACAGAUGUGCUUCCACGCGAUCGGGGUCUGGUGUGGAAUGUCAGCAUGCUUAGCAUGUGUGUCGUGCACGUUGGGGAUGCCGUCUUGGCUCACAAGAAGGAACUGUUCGAUAUCGCCGUCUACAUGCAGCAGAAAUGCAGGGGUAUUCCGACAGUCCAUGUCUCGAACUUUAUCCAUCAUCUCCUGCUCAAUCUCACUGGAACAUAUACCUCGGACUACUCACUGUAUGAACCGGAGGAUAUUGCCAACGGGAUACAGCCCGAGCAUUGGAAUUAUCGACCCGACCCACAGAAUUUGACUGUCAAAUGGCAUGUCCCGAAGCGGCCAGAGAUCGAAUUUGCUGCAGAACUCUUUCAGAACCAAGCAGAGUCUGCUCUUAAACAACUUUCGGCUUUGACAGAGGACUCUUCCAGUGUUAGGCGUGACGGUAUCGGCAAGGAAUGGUCAGAUGAGGUCAUAAGAAACUUGGUUCUACUACGGCUGAUUUUGUCGGGUAUCUCUGUGCUUUUUGAUGCUAAAGCUGCGUCUGUUACGAAGGAUAGUGGGGCAAAUGGAGUAUUGGACAAGUCAAAGGACGUCGAGAUGUCGGAUGCCGUCGACGGUACAGACCGGGGAGAUGAAGAACCUGACUCCUCGCUCGACAGUUCUGAGGAAGACACCAUAAGAGAGACAUUCAACUACCCGACCGGCUAUCCACUGCAAGAGAACGACCCUGUCUACACUACUAUUCAUGAUAUUCGAGAACGAGCCGGUUGGGUUCUCCACAACGUGCACAAGUAUCUGAGCGAGAAACAGGAGGAUGAUGUGCCCUGUUUCAGUGCGCUUUACUCGGCUUACAAAUGUUGGUUUAUUGACGUUGGUAUUGAGAGAUCCGCUCAUGUUCUUGAUCGAGUGACACGCCUUCUCUUGGCCGACAUUCACCCUUACAAAAUGAGUGGAAUACGGAAGGACUAUCCGCGACCCCUGCUUAUUCGGCGCGCCAACAUGUACCACUUGCAACGACUGAGGCACAACGCAGCUCCUCGGUGUCGUUCUAAACUAGAUGAAAUCUUGCUGCUGGAUCUCGCCGAGUCGUGCGUGUCUGCUUAUACGGAGACUCGACGGAACGCUCAAACAGCAGGAGAAUCCGCUCUCAAGGCUGUAUGGGGCUCUCGUCUGCUUGUUAUACCACCGCUUCUGAAAGCUCUUCAGAAUGGUAUCAAGGAGAAUGACUAUGCACGGAUCAAGGGUUCGCUAUUCUCUCUAUUGCUCAGCAGCGUCGCCAAGACUGUCGGCCGGCAUUGGAAAUACGCACCCACUUUGGUUCGAGCUUUCAUCGAUGCGAGUGCGGUGGAUAAGCCUUCGGUACAGCGAAUAUGCUCAAGCGUGGUGUACCAGAUAAUGGAUUAUGGCCGUCCUUCGGAGCGGAUGGCCAUACUGGAUCGGGAGAUCAUCGACUCUAUCGCUCCAACCACGCAAGAUGUCAAUGAGCAAGUCCUGCAGAAGCGGAAUGCGCUCAACCACAAGCGUGCUCUUAUCGAGAAGAAGAAGGCAGCGUUAGCCGAGGAGUUGGUAAAUCUAGCCAAGGUAUCCCACUGGAAGGUCGCCAGUCGAGCAGCGACCAUUGUGAUCUCAAUGGGGCUUAGAUUCGAUUACAUCGCUAGUGAGAAUCUAGUGGAGCUCGUCACGCUAGGCUCUAUCGACGACCACCCCGGUUUGCGCGGUAUGUACUCACAAGGGCUCACUGCGCUCUUCACAAUGAUUGAUGUGCGCGCAAUCUGCAACCACGACUACAAGAGCUACAUCCUGGGUAACCAGAACUUCCCCGCCAAGAUCAGGGUUGCCACAAAGCGGUACGAAAAGGGCUGGACCGAAGAAUUCCUUGCCAGUUUUGCGAACCCCGAGACGGACUAUUACAUUGACCAUGAUUUCCCUGGAUGGCUUGUGUGGACGGAUUAUAUGCCAGGCUACAAGCCCAAUGUUGAGCGUGAUAUUGAGUACGAUGGCGUGGAAUGGAAGGUUCGCUCGCACAUGGGGAAACUUUUCAACCGCGCGUGGUUCUCGAAGUUCUUUAUGUACCUAAAACAGGAGCCUCGCGAUCCCUCAGCGGAUAAGUUCCGCAUGCCAUGUGCGAUGCUGCUGCUCUAUGCCUUUGAGUUGAUGCUUAGAGAUGGCCUCACAGCUGCGACCUUUGACGACAUCAAGGAGGAAAUCGAGGCUGUCUUUGAAGAUGGCAGCGAUAAGCACCAGCACCGAGCCACUGCUGAGAUUCUUGGAGCGCUCGUCAGCUCCGUCACAGAUACCAGUGUUGAAAAGCGGACAUUGGUGUGGGAGUACGCGUUCCCGAUUGUACAAAAGAUCUUCAUUGAUGGGUUGACUCCGGAGAAUUCUGGAUACUGGACCACCUUCCUCCAUAUGAUCCUCCAAUGCCGCGACCCGCGUCGGGUCUGGCCGUUGGUUGACUGGCUGGCAAGCUUCAGACUGGACAUGUCGACAAAUGCAGCAUUCAAGGAGAGCUCUAAGAUCAACCUGUUGCACCAGUCAAUCAUUGACGCAGGCUGGCAUUUCCGACUUGAGAAGCCAAUUGUCGAGGAUUACCUUGCCCACCUUGAUCAUCCAUAUAAGGGCGUUCGUGAAGCGAUGGGUCAAACGCUUGCGACGAUCUUCCGUACGAGAUAUCACGAGUCUUAUGCGGACAUCAAGAGUCUGCUUACUGAUCAGAAGUCUGCGUCGUCGGUCGGCUCGUAUCCAUAUCUACCGAGCAAGGACUUUUCCGAGAUGAUCCAUGGUAUCUUCAAACAGAUUGAGGAAUGGCGGGGUCAGCGAACACCUGGUCAACAGACACCGUCCUCUUACACUUCGGGAAGCAAGACCAUUCUCCUCUGGCUCGACUCCACGCUGUCCUCCCACGAGUGCACUCAACUUGCCCCGUUCUUCGCAGAGGUAUUUACCGGACAACUACUGCACAUGAUGGAUGUCAAAGAAGACCCAGAGCUCCAAUCACUCGCAUAUCAUGUUUUCCGCCAUCUCCCCAACGUCCCAUACCCCGCCGAGCAAAACUCCGAAUUCAUCAAAACCCUCAUCCGCAUCGGACAGACAUCCCCCUCCUGGCACCAGCGGCUCCGCAUCAUGAUCAAUAUUCAAAUUAUCUACUUCCGCCGCCUCUUCCUACUCUCCGCGGCUGACCGUGACAAGCUCUUCGAGUGUGUCGCAAGCAUGCUCGAAGACCCCCAGCACGAAGUCCGAGCCGGCGCCUCAGCAACCCUAUCGGGAAUGGUCCGCUGCUCGCCCGAGUCCCUCCGCAAAGAAAUAGUUGACCGCUUCAAGAAGCGCUUCGCCAAAACUUUGAUUGAGAACCCUCUUCCCAAGCGGCCAAAGAUGCUUCGUAGUACCAGCGGCAUUUCCACACCUAUCUCCUCGGGAGCCGGCACACCUACGCCCGAACACACGCGGCUCAUCAUUUCUAGGCACGGAGCUGUCCUUGGCCUCGGCGCACUUAUCCAGGCAUUCCCGUACAGCAGCCCACCUCCUACGUGGAUACCUGAGGCACUGGCUACGCUCAGUGUCCGGGCCGCCAGUGACCCUGGCAUUGUGGGAUCGAGUGUGAAGUCGAUUAUUAGUGAAUUCAAGAAGACGAGACAGGAUACGUGGCAUAUUGAUGCAAAGGCAUUUACGCAGGAUCAGCUUGAGGACCUCUCGGGAGUCCUUUGGAAGAGCUAUUUUGCCUAG